AUUAACCCAGGAGUUAGGGCACACAGCAUCACUGGGCUGUGAGGUCGUGCCUCAGAAACCUGAAAUAUGACUAACAACCACGUUACUAAUGAACAGCUUUAUGCUAACAACAAGCUUGAAUAUAGCACAACAUUUUUUUUUAUGUCUUAAUCUACUAGUUUAUGAUGUGGCAACAUAAUAAGAAUCCAGCUUUUAGAAACUGAAAAACAUCAACUUAAAAGCAAUGGUACACUUUAUUGCCAAAAAAGUAUUUUGCCACUAGAAAAUGCUUAACCCUACCUGAGGUUCUGUCACUUUGGUUCCCUAAACAAACCAUGUAUUUUCUUGAGAGAUGGGAUAGAAAUCAGAUUGUAAGGGUUUCGUGUAGGUGUUCUGCAUGAGGCUUCUUGAUAUAUGUUAUGCAAGAGAUUGGACUGGGUGAUCAUAACAGUCUUUUCUCUCUGAAAAAAAAAACACAACAAAAAAAGCCUUACUUAAUACUCAAUAGGUGCUUUUUGAAGCACACUAUGCUUUGGGACAGGUGAAUGUGACUGCAUAAAUAGGAUUGUCCAAUACACAACAUAAUUGUAUCUUUUUUUUCCCCCUUUUCAGUCAGAGCAAUUUUCAGCAUGUUAACAGCAGCAGCAAUUAGGUCGAGCAUCUCAGAGACUAGAGGUUCUCACUUCCACCUCAGUGCUUCCUAAAAGUUGUUACAAAACCACCCCCUAAGAAGUUAAGGAUACACUCCGUGAUAUCUGUGCAUGCAUGACUGCCACUGCAGCUCUUCCGGCCGUGGCAGAGCAGAUGGCACUGCCUGUGCUGUUCAUGAUACCUGGCACUCAGCACCAGCAAAGCUGCCCCACUGAGUUAUCCACAGCUGUGAGGUGGUCGUGCAUCUACCCAAAGGGCCGCACAAUGGCUCCGGGCCCACUGGGGGUGGCGGGCAAGGGCAGAAAGCAGCAAGAAGGUACUGUAGAGGCAAGUAAAGGCCUGAAGAUAAGGCACUGUGCUUGCUUCCUCCCCCAAAUAUUAGAAUGAUUACUUAGCCCCAGUUAACAGAUUCAGCUAGUGAAAAAUGCAUAGGUACACAAGCAGGUUUGAUGAUUUUUUCCUUAACUGCAAGAAUAAUGAGUUGAUAAGGCAGUUAGGCUGUGAGCUGCUACUGAAGCAGCACCAGAGAGGGCUCUGACACAUGAAGGAACAUGUCAUGCUCUAGACAAUGCCUAAGCAGUUAAGCAAAUACAUUCAGAAGAGCUAAGAAAGAUGUUUUAAGCUGAAUUUUGUUUUGUUUUGUUUUUUGUUUUAUUCAUUUAGUGGAAUUACUGUCAAAUUAAAUUGCAUAUAACAUUCUUCCACUGCAGCGUGAGUGAGCUGUAACACAAUAACACCGUCACUUGCAGGAAAUAGCUGACAGCUUUGUUCUUGUAUGACUGCAGCAUAUCACGGACAGAGUGCAGCCCCCGUAGCAGCAUGGUUGCAUCUGCACGUUAUGUUCUGGGCUGCAUUCCAUGAUGUUGAGAGGAGUUGCUCACAGUGCAAAAGAUACAGUUACCCUUCUGUUGGCAAGAACUCACUGCUGUAGCCCUGGGGUGAAUUUUUUGUCAUUACGGCCUGAGGUAACGAACAGAAGCUGCUUGAUCCGUUCAACAUACACAACUGAUAUAAAGUCAAGAGAGGAAAAUAAAAAAACCAUUGAGGACCUCCACAGACUGUCAGUUGAUAUUAAGAAAAUACGCAGAGUAAAGGAAUGGGUCCUUGUCCAGGAGGUGGCCUACGUUCCAGAAAUCGCCAGAAUUCUACGAGAAAUGGGUGCGGAUGAGCCUGCUAUAGCCAAUAUCUUAGAACGCUGCCCAGAGGCAAUUCUGUGUAGUCCUGCGGAGGUGAACUCUCAAAGAGCUCUGUGGCAAUUGGUAUGCCAGAAGGAAAACCAGCUGAUUAAAUUAAUAGAGCAGUUUCCAGAUUCUUUCUUCACUACUGGGUAUCACGAGAACCAGAAAGCAAAUAUUCUGUUUUUUCAAGAGCUGGGACUUAAGAAUAAUAUAAUCACCAGGUUCUUGACAAGCGCACCCAAUAUCUUCCACAAUCCUGCUGAGAAAAACAAACAUGUGAUAGAGACAUUACAAAAAAAUUAUUUAAGUUUAGGAGGUUCUGAUGCAAAUAUGAAGAUCUGGAUUCUGAAGUUACUGAGCCAAAAUCCAUUUAUUUUGUUAAAUACCUCCUCAGCAAUUCAGGAAAACUUGGAAUUUCUGCGAAAGAGUGAUUUCACUGACCACGAAGUCCUACAGCUGCUGUCCAAACUUAAAGGUUUUAUUUUUCAGCUUACUCCCUCUACUAUGCAGAAGAGCAUGCUUUUUUCCAAAAAUGUCUUUAAGUGCAGCGAUCAAGAAUUGAAACAACUGGUGCUGAAAUGCCCAGCCCUUCUCUACUAUUCUGUUCCAAUUCUGGAAGAAAGACUUGAGGGACUACUGAAGGAAGGAAUUUCUAUAGCGCAGAUUAGAGAGACGCCAAUGGUGCUGGAAUUGACGACGCAAAUUGUUCAGUAUAGGAUUAAAAAACUCUCUGCUUUGGGGUACAGUAUAAAGAGUGGAAAUCUAGAAAACUUGAAUGGUACUAAGAAAGAUUUUGAAGCCAAUUAUGGUAAGAUACAAUCAAAGAAGGAGAGACCGAUGUUUAAUCCUGUUGCUCCUCUAAACACCGAAGAUUAAUUUGAAAACUGUACUUAAAAUUAUGCAAUAGAAAAUGAUCGAACAGAAAAGAGGUCUUAGUUCUUUGUUAUGAGUUGAAGCAAAAGUCAUCUUAACCAGAUUGUAAUCUUAUGCUGUCCUUCCUUUGUCCUAGAGUGGGCUUUAUGCACAACUUCCUUAUAAAAUUGCAGCUUUUUAAUGCUGGUUAUGAGGAAGGUUGAUUAAUCCUUUACAUAAGGAUUUUUUUUUCCCCAGGGAGCAUCUUACAUAUCUUUUUGGAUCUGAUUUCCUUAUCUGCCUGGCCUCUAGCUUCUGUGGCUUUUCAGCUCCAUCACUGCACUGCCUGUGGUAGUGCUUAGCGUAAUCUUUAUCUGAGAAAGAAAAGGAGGAUUAUUUUGCCAGUAAUAUUAAGCCACC